GCGCAUACCCGCCGACGUAUAGUCAGUCGUUUCUGUCCAAACCCCGACUCGUGAGUUCGCCGCCCCUGCGCUUAGGGGUUGAAACUGUCGCGUUUAGUCCGCCGCCGACCGUCUUCUGCAAGAGGACGCGAUAACACGACGCGCGCGCGCGCUUUCACGGUUAUCUCUUCUGACUUUUUCAAAACAUUUUCUAACGCAGGAAACGAUAACACACACCCACCCCUUCCCCCUGCCUUCGACGUUGAACUUGCAACGAAAUUCCAUUUCGUAUGAACGGAAGGGAAAUUUAUGAAUAAAAUUUCAUCGGGUGCGCAAUCUCAAAAAUUUUAUAAUUAAAACCUCCCCCCCCCCUAAAUUCUUCUUCAACUCGCACCGCAAAAUACUGUUACAUUUAUGAUAUCUGUUCGUUUUAUUUUUGCUUUACUCGCAGCAAAAAGUUGAAACAAAUGAAAUCCGAGUUUUUCUUAUCAUUUCAUUAGCUUCUUUCUCUUGCAAUUUGAACAUUGUGAGAUAUUUCUUUCCAACGCACAGAGAGAAGAAAGUCAAAAUUAACAGACACCAAAAUUCUUGUACACUCUUCGAAUCUAAGAGAAACCCGAAGGACAACAACGUGUGGGGUGAAGUGUUGAACCUUGUGCGCGUGUGUUUCUUGUGACUUUGUAAACGUUGAGAGAAAUUUUUUCUUCCAAAUUAUUCGAAUGGAAUAAGAACUGUAAAAAAAAAAAAAAACUGAAGUUGCUAGUCGUUGCAAAAAAGACUGAACAAUUUUUCGCGCACGGAGAACAGAUUAGAAAACCGAAGGAAAAUUCCGCGUCGAUUGCUUCCUUUUUCCGUUUUUCUUCAGUCGUCUAGUUGAAUCAGAUUUUGAUUUUUUCUACGUGAAGAAAAAUUCGUUUCAACUGAAUAAACCUCAUCGAUACGUACAAUAAUUGUCAUGGAUCAUUGGCGAUGUUAGAAAAAAUUUGGUGAAACAAUUUAAUUGAAACGUUAAUUUCAGCAACGGAACAACCGUACGUAAUAAGUCGAUCGAUCGAUGGGUAAAUUCGCGUAGUGGAAGAGAAAAAAACAUCGACUCAAAUCAUUGUCGAAUAAAUGUCAAGAGGACUUUUCACGCGAUGAAGUGCAGACAAGAGAGUAGAAAAGUAUAUUCAUGAAAAAAGUUUGCUUUUGCAAUAAAAGCACGUGUCGAGUUUAAACUGAUAUUUUUUUCCGUACCGUAGCACCAAUAAAUACAACAAUAAUAAUAAUAUCAAUAAUAAUCAUCAAAGCGAUAGCGAGAUAACAAUAAUUAAAAUAUAUAAUAUGUACUAAUCGAUGCUCAGUGUUUGUGAUAAAAUUAGGGGAUGGUUAGGCGCAAACGUAGACAUAGAUUUCAUCGGAUUAGAAAAGUUUCGAUGAACAAUCGCCUGCCGAAGGCGUAACUCGUCCCAAAGUGGUGAAGGAAUAAAAUACUAUAAAAAAACACGAAAAAAGUAAUCGAAGCAAGAUCGAUUAAUUAAAUAAAACUUUUUUGAAAGAAAAAAAGCAAAAAAACCAAUCAAUUAAAAUACAAAAUGGCUGACAGAAGAAGAAGGAGUCGUUACCUCACGAUAAGCGUACUCCACAUCAUCAUGAUAAUGUGUCAAGCUUUAACGGACGAACCGAGAUUCGCCGAACCUAUUCCAAACGUGACGGUGGCCCUUGGAAGGGACGCUAAUCUUCCAUGCGUCGUAGAAAACCUUGGAAAGUACAAGGUGGCGUGGAUCCACAUAGACCGUCAGAUGAUCCUGACGAUCCAUCGUCACGUGAUAACGAGGAUCCCGAGAUUCUCGGUGUCUCACGACAAUCAAAAAACGUGGCUACUCCACGUUAGCGGAGUCCAGCAACAGGACAGGGGAUACUACAUGUGCCAAGUGAACGCCAAUCCCAUGAUAAGUCAAGUCGGAUACCUCCAAGUCGUCGUUCCCCCGAACAUAUUGGACUCGAUGUCGACGCAGAGCACCGUGGCGGUGCGCGAAAAUCAAAACGUUACGUUGACUUGCAAAGCGGACGGUUUCCCGACACCGAAGCUGAAGUGGCGACGCGAAGACGGCGAAGGGAUAUCGGUGGACCGUCGCAAGAAAGUCGCUGCUUUCGAUGGCGAACAGUUAAAUCUUACGAGAAUAUCCCGGACCGAAAUGGGCGCUUAUCUCUGCAUAGCCACAAACGGCGUUCCACCGUCGGUCAGUAAAAGGAUAAUCGUUGAUGUCGAAUUUUCCCCGAUGAUAUGGGUUUCGAAUCAGCUGGUGGGCGCACCGGCGGGAACUGACGUCACCAUCGAUUGCGUCACCGAAGCUCAUCCGAGGGCUAUAAGCUACUGGGUUUACAAAAGUGUCAUGGUAUUGGCGACCAAGAAAUAUUCCAUCAAUACCACGGAGAAUAGUUACAGAGCCGAAAUGAGACUCACCAUAAAAAAUCUACAAUCCGGGGAUUUUGGAAAUUACAGAUGCAUCAGCAAGAAUUCACUCGGCGAAACUGAGGGAUCCAUCAGAUUGUACGAAAUUCCAAAACCAUCCGCACCUCCGAAGGCUACGGAGAUAAAGAGCAGCGCGAAUAAAGAGGGAUAUAAGAGCACACCCGCACCACCAAAAAGACAGACGACAAUAUGGCCGGCGCUCUACAACCCCCAGUAUCCAAGGCGGACCGAACGACCCCCGAUCACUAACGAGGAGAAGAUUGAACGGGCUGAACAGAAGCCCAGGGGUCACGCAAGCACAGGUAGCGCUUACAUCGUUAGGUGGAGUGCGCCGCAGCUGAUGGUAGUCGCCGUUCAGUACAUCCUCACCGGUCCUUACAUGCCACCUUACAUACCACACAACGCUAAUUAACCGUUCGAAAAGUGAGAGAAAAAUUAUCAACUGUCGUAGGUAAUGAGAGAAAGUAAAACCGCCCUGAGUCAUUUCGUCGUUAAUUUAAAAAAAAAAACAAAAAAAAACAAAAAAAAAAAAGAAACCCCGAGAUUCUUCGAAGUUAGAGAAAAAUCCUUUCGCAAGGAAGGAAACAGAACAGGAGAUAACAUCCCGUUGGAGAUGAUAAAGGUACGUACCACAUUUUCAUCGUCUUCAUCUUCGUCUGUAAUACUGUCAUCCGAAUGUACAAAAAAAAAACAGAAACAGAAAAAAAAAACAAAAAAAAAAGCAUGAAAAGAAUCGUUUAGCUGUAAGGGUAUACGAGAUGUUCAUGGUGUUCGAAUGCGUUGACAGGAUAUGCAUACAUAUAACUUACGUAUUAUACUGAAUUGAAAAAAGGAGAGUUGUUGAUCGAAGCUCCGUAGUUCCGUUGGUUAAUUCGCGAAUUAUAAACGAGAGGGGGAGUCCGAAGAAGAAGUGACGGGAAAACAGGGGAGAGAAACUCCGUGAGUCGCGAGUGCUAGGAUGCCGCGCAAGAAAAUAGCCCGCUUCACGUUAUAAUUGUGAAGCGGGUACACGCUGGUAGCUUUCCGGAGCAUUUUGUGCCCUCUCCAUCCCGUUCGAACUGCCGAAGAACCAACACGGCUAAUCGCUCGUCUCUAAUACGCAGAUGAAAUGGCUGAUCGUUAAUCGUUAUUAAGCGACCCGUACACCCCCCUUCCCGUCGUACGCGAACUGUAUCGCGAGCACACGUCAGAAAUUAACGUAACCGUGGAAAUAUUUUUUUAAUCCACACCGAUCGCUUGUUUUCCUCUGACCCGCGGUUACGGUUGCUUAUACGUAUACGUCGUUUUGCGCACUUUUUUACAUCUAAGCGGGCGUAAAUUGAGGGCGGGAGAGAUCGAUACGACGGGUAAAGACUCUCUCCGUUUGAUCCAACGAUAUACAACGAAUGUUCGAAAAGAUAUUAUCGCCGAUACGGGGGGGGCGGUAAAACGGCGAUACACGUGGGUCGGUGGGGUGGGGGUAGGGGGUGGGGGGAUGAAGCGAAGUUUUAAGCUCGUCCCGCGCGAUUCGAUCGCCGUUCUCGUCCCUUAUUGUUACACGUUAUUUCCCGAAUUAAAACCCUCGUGUCAGCUGGCCUUUUAAAAUUCAUGAACAGGCGCGAGAAUUUCUUCAUUUAUUUACUAUUUUCCAUUAUCUCUCCGUAAUGUUAACCGUCCGACAAUCGUACCCCCCCGUCCUCCGCUCGAUGUACUUGAAGAAACGACAGAAAAUUUUGAAACUUUUUUUCCAAGCGUAUCACGAAUCGGGAUUUUUAGUAGGGGGUUUGAAGGUCGUCAGGGAGUGCGAUGUACCUCGUACCGCGAAUACGUGUACGUAGUACGUAGGUAUAAAUACAUAUAUAUAUAUAUAUGUAUAUAUACAUAUUAUACGUAUACGUGCACGUUAAGCGAGGCGCGAGUCGAGGGGGUGGUGGAGGUGGGUACCGCACAGUCCGUGGUAAUCGAAGCGUGAUGAGAGAUACUGGCUCGUGACGUCAUUAGAUCAUUUUACGGGCUCACGUACGUGUGUAAUGUUACACACGUACGGGUAUUAAGGGUUGAAUCGUGUGAAGUCGUGUCGUUUAAAAUUAGCAAAAUUACGACACUUAACGUCUCCGGGAAAAUUAGUCCGCUAGCCGUAUUACGAAAGAUUGUCAUUGUAUACCUAAUCAAGCCCGAUCCUACGUAGAGAGGCGCCCGUAGCCGCGAAGGAAAAGUAGAAAAUAAGAGAUAACGAUCCGCGUAAUUGGACCGGACUAAAACUAGGGGGGGGUUUUGUUCAAAAAUGCGAUAAAAUCCAGACUUACGGACGGACUCCGCGAUAUCGAGGCCCCUUUGAAUCGGGAGAUUGUCGUGCGUAACGCUCGCGUCAUUUCAAGUCGGGGACGAUUACGUGUACGGGCGGCGAUACGGUGUACAAUACAGACUCGACUUUAGUCGGACGGCGAGCCCUUACAAGUGAAUUUUGUUGUGUCGGGAAACCCCCGUAAUUAUUCACAUCAGUUUCACGUUUAAGCAACGCGCAUUAAUCAUCGCUUGUAUCACGUACACCGCGCGGUAUCGCAACGGGAACCCCUUGCGGUAACGGUGACGUUUAUUCGCUCGCGCUUCCAAGUACGAAUUACGUGUAAUAAUUGUAUGUGAAAGAAAAUUUUCAUAUCAAAAUGACAAGAAUAAUUAACCCCCGAAAAUUCAAACACCGCCGCGAUUCAUCUCCGAUGUGUGGGGAUACGCGUGCUCGCGGCUCGCUCCGCGAAAUCUCGACCCGAUUUCUCCCUCGCUCUUGUUCCCCGAGAGGGGGUUCGGGACACCGUAAACAGAGUGCCGGACGUUUCGCAACAAUAACAAUUAUGACGACAACGACGACAAAUAUACCGACCAAAAGUUGACGUUUUCAUUUCUAAACCCCCUGGCACUUUUUUACCUUUUUUUUACCGUCGUUUUACUACCCAUUAGAAUAUCGUAAAAACAAACGAAAGGAAAGCGGACAAAAAAAAAGAGGAGAACGCGAUUAUCGCGCGAUGAAUUCCGAUGAAAAUUACAUGAAAUCUAAAUGAUAUCGUCGAGCGAAAAUGACGAGCCGCACGAUGAUCAUCAUCCCCUCGGGUACGAAUGUGUGGGGGGGGGGGGGGGGUCGAUGUGUAUCGCGUCGUCGUUGUUGUCAAGUGUUUAUAUCGUGGGCUUUUUGCUGGCUGGUUGAACGUCGGUAGUCGUUUGUAACGAUCUGCAGUGACAUAUAGUGAGAGAGAGAGAGAGAGGGGUGGCUGCUUGCAGAUUUAUUAUUGUCGGCAUUCGCGAGCCGGUGGUUCAAGCGAACGUCAGACAUUUUAUUUGCGGGUUAGCAUAGUGGCGGUAGGAUAUCCGAGCGAUGACAACCGGUUUGAUAUUGUCCCUGCGAGCUAUUCGUGAUAUAGUUAUACGAAAGCGAUGCAUAAUGGCGACUGGGUGAGUGCACAGUGCAGCUUAUAGGGUUGGUAUAAAUUACCAGGGAUGUGAACGAGGGCGGGCGGUUGGAAGGGGGCGGGGGAGGGGGAGGGGGAGGGGUGGUAAAUCCCGCCCGCGAUCAUUAAUUGCUCGAUUGAUAUAACGUCCUCAAUGAAUCCGUGCGGACGAAGACAGCGGUUCUCAUUUUCGAAUCGUCAAAAAUAUAACGUGUGUAACGCGCGAACGUUGAAAAUCUCGUCUGGAUUAAAAUUCAAAAUUUUCGAAUUUCGAUUCGGCGAAGCUCAUCGAUAUAAUUCGCCGAAUUAUUUCACGAGUUCGAUUAAUUUGUACCGUUAUACGGGAAACCGUAUACGAAAUUAUUCGGCUAAUUCUGCAACAAUUAACUGCGAACGUAUUCGUUGCCGCGAACUGUAAACUGCGGGGAUGGAAAACCGAAAAAUUAGCGAUUCUCGUUUUCGGCGUGUACUUCAAAAUUAAUUAAUUAAUGGUUGGAAAACUAUUUCGAGCGAGUGGUAUAAUUUCUCUGGUUUUUUUUUUUUUUUUUAUAUCUCCAAUCGCUCGGUUCUUGGGAAAAAACGAGUUAUGAAUUUCACGAUCACGUAUACUGUCAAUAUAUUCGACACGAACAUCGGGCGGUGUUUGAAUUUAUUACAUAUAGAUUUGAUGAAUGAGCGAAACGUAAAAACAAAAAAAAAUUAUCAUUCUAUCGUAAGGAAUUUCGAAGACAAAAAAGAAGGAAGAAUCAGGAAAACCAAAGCCAAAACGAAAACAAGUUGAAAGUAUUAUCACGUAUUUUAUAAAGUAUAUAUAAUAAUAUACGAUAUUACGUAUAAUAAUAUUCUAUAAAAUAAAAAUAUAAUAAAGACAUUGCUUUUAUUUUCUGUUCAUUGGUAUUUGUUUCGUAUCGUUUUAUUUAUUUAUUUUAUUUUUUUUCAAUUUUCAAGAAAGAUUAAAUAAAUAAUCGAUUGCUGAAUAAUUAUAAAUAAGCUAUGGAAUAAGCAUAUGUACAUCAAUUUGAAUCGAUUUGUUGAUUCAACUAUAAAUCACCAACCUAAUUGGCUUCAUAAAAUUUUGAAAGAGAGAAUAAGUAGAUAAAUAAAAAAAAAUUAUUAUUAUUAUUAUUCUCAUAUUGUUAUAAUAAAAUCAAUUUUCGGUGCUCAAUGAAAAAAAAUGAAGAUGAAAAAAAUUAAUCAAACUACGUUAAUUAUAAUAGUGUGUGUAUAGGUUUUAUAAUAUAGCAUAUUCAUGUAUGUAAUAUUUGUCGACGUCAUUCCGAAAAGGCAGAAAAAGAAAAAAAGAAACGAAAAACCAAACGAUUGGAAAAAAAAAAAAAAGGAAGAAAAGAAGAAGAGGAUACAGGUGCAGGAAGAACUGAGAGAAGA